UCGUGGUCUCAUUUCAUUGGCGAGACGUUCGUCCAAUGAGCCGCGGCCAUCUGUGCAGGGCUUGUCGCCGUUGAAAUUCUCAGGUUACAUUUCCUCGAGGCUUUAAUAGCUGGUUUCACCUCAAAUCUGCUGUCUCUAACUCCCUGGCACCGGUGAGAAGAAGCAGCCAACAUGAAGCUCCCAGUGGCGAUUCUCGCAGUUUUUGCAUCGAUAGCUGUCACCAUUGACGCUACCGUCUACUUCAAGGAACAAUUUCUGGAUGGAGAUGGAUGGGAGAGCCGGUGGGUCGAGUCCAAACACAAGUCAGACUAUGGCCAAUGGAAACUGAGUGCUGGGAAGUUUUAUGGGGAUGCUGAGGCGGAUAAAGGUAUCCAGACCAGCCAGGACGCCCGCUUUUACGCCCUGUCUGCUCGCUUCGAGCCUUUUAGCAACGAGGGAAAGCCCCUGGUCGUCCAGUUCACCAUCAAGCAUGAGCAGAAGAUUGACUGCGGCGGCGGCUAUGUCAAGAUCUUCCCGUCUGACCUCGACCAGAGCAACAUGCAUGGAGACUCCCAGUAUUACAUCAUGUUUGGGCCUGACAUCUGUGGAUACAGCACAAAGAAGGUCCAUGUGAUCUUCAACUACAAGGGCCAGAACCACCUCAUCAAGAAAGACAUCAAAUGCAAAGAUGAUGAGCUGACCAACCUGUACACACUGAUCCUGAAUCCAGACCAGACAUACGAGGUGAAGAUCAACAACGAGAAGGUGGAGUCCGGCUCCCUGGAGGACGACUGGGACAUGCUGCCCCCAAAGACGAUCAAGGACCCAGAGGCCAAGAAGCCCAGCAACUGGGACGACAGGGCCAAGAUCGACGACCCCAACGACACCAAGCCUGAGGAAUGGGACAAGCCAGAGACCAUCCCUGACCCUGAUGCCAAGAAGCCUAGUGACUGGGACGAGGACAUGGACGGAGAGUGGGAACCUCCCAUGAUCACCAACCCAGAGUACAAAGGCGAGUGGAGUCCCAAGAAGAUUGACAACCCUGACUACAAAGGAGUCUGGGUCCACCCCGAGAUCGACAACCCAGAGUACACUCACGACGUCACUAUGUACAAGUUUGAGAAAAUUGGAGUACUGGGCCUGGAUCUGUGGCAGGUGAAAUCUGGCACCAUCUUUGACAACUUCCUGAUCACUGACGAUGUCAAAGAAGCAGAGGAGUUUGGGAAGGAAACCUGGGGAGUUACUAAGGGCCCGGAGAAGAAGAUGAAAGACGAGCAGGAGGACAUGGAGAGGAAAGUCAGGGAGGAGGAGGAAAAGAGCAAGAAGGACACUGAAGGCGGUGAUGAGGAAGAGGAGGAGGAGGAGGAAGAUGGCGAGGAGGAGGACGAGGCAGAGGAAGACGGCGAGGAGCUGGAAGAGGACGCUGGGACGGAGGAGGACAGUGAUGUCAAAGAGAAGGACGAGUUGUAGAGCAAAAGGACCCGGUUGGCAGACUGCUGUGUGCUUCUCUCUGCAGGUUCGAUAGAGAAUCAGCAAAAAGCCCUAUGGACUCUGGCCUUUCAUACAGCAGCCUUUUAUUCAGGUGUAGGGGUGGGGGAGGGUUGGAAGGUGGGGUCAGCUCAGAUUCUUUUUUUUUUUAAUUAUUGAUUCCCUUGUUGUGUUUUUCUAACCUUCAAAGAAGAGAAGGGUUCACAUGUUUCCUCUGUUUUAUGUGUCUGCUUUGGUUGAGAAUGUUUUUAUUUAAUGUGGUUUACCAACGUGUGUGUGCGUGCGUGUGUGUGUGUCACAGAGCCAAUUCAUUUUUAUUAUUGACUUUGUUUGGAUGUCCAGUAUAUCGAGGGCCUGUGAUGUCUGGUACAUAAACUGUUACUUCUCCUGUGCAAUGUAGUACGUUUUUUUUUUUGUUUUUUGUAUUUUUUUUUUUUUUUUUUAAUUGAUCCCUUCAUAAUUUAUUCAAUUGUUAAAAUGAUUCUCUAAAAACCACAUGUCAGUUCCCAAAGCUGUUUUCUGGCCAUAUGUCCUUCCUCAACUCUUGUGUGGGCAUUCCUAAUGCGUGUGUGUGUUUUUGGUUGAGAGUAAGCCUGCAUUAGACAAACUGUGAUUUUUACAAUCUCCAUUUUCUCAUUGUUCUGAAUGAGUGACUGUCCUGUGGGAGCACACUGUUCAGUUUCAGUGAAUAAAUUGAUGCCUCUCUCUACAA